CCUCGCGGAUCCGCCCUCGUGACACUCUGACAGCGUCGACAAGAUGGCGGAGGGCGCUGGGGCCGAGUGAGCGGAGCGAAACGAGCGAAGCAGGAACAGCAGCGUUUCCUCCUCCUCCUCCUCCUCCUGCGGCCACCGGCUGAACGCGUCGGACGGACCGAAGUGUGGAGCGGGAGCGGACGCGCCCUGCGGUCACUCAUCGGCGGAAGGUGGACUCCUGAUCAGCCGUCCCCUGGGCGAAGCAAAGCCCCCCCUCGGCGUCGUCGUUAGAUGAAAUAACAAACACGAAAUGCAGCGAAACGCAGAUACCUCGGCGUUUGUAAUCGAUCUCUAACUAGUUCGCUGCGCGGCUCUCUCGUCAUUUUCGCAAUUUCAUUGUGCGCCGCCGAGCCGUUUGGUCCCGGUCCAAGUGGAGGGAGGGAGCGCGACGCUGGAAGUUAACGCGCGGUGUUCCGGAGCAGCGCCGGGACGAGCGGGGGAUUAUCGGCCGCUUCGCCGCCGACCCGUGCAAGUUGUGCGGCUUUGGAGCGCAAAGGAGGCGCGAAGGAAGGAAUAAAGCGCUGCGGGAUUUUGGACUCUCGGCCUCGGGAAGGUUUCGUGCCCUCGGUCGGCCGCGGCGCUGCAGCAGUGUGUUUUCCGGGCGAACGCCAUGGCGCACUCCCCGGUGCAGAGCGGCCUGCCCGGCAUGCAGAAUCUGAAGGCAGACCCAGAGGAGCUGUUCACCAAGCUGGAGAAGAUAGGGAAGGGCUCUUUCGGGGAGGUCUUCAAGGGCAUCGACAAUCGAACUCAGAAAGUUGUCGCUAUUAAAAUUAUUGACCUGGAGGAAGCAGAGGAUGAAAUAGAGGACAUUCAGCAGGAAAUCACAGUGCUGAGCCAGUGUGACAGCCCCUUUGUAACCAAGUACUAUGGGUCAUACCUUAAGGGCACAAAGUUAUGGAUUAUUAUGGAAUAUUUAGGAGGAGGGUCAGCACUGGACUUGCUCGAGCCGGGUGCCUUGGAUGAAACGCAGAUUGCCACAAUUCUCCGAGAAAUACUGAAGGGACUUGACUACUUGCACUCGGAAAAGAAAAUCCACAGAGAUAUUAAAGCUGCCAACGUCUUGCUGUCAGAGCAAGGAGAUGUGAAACUUGCAGAUUUCGGCGUGGCAGGACAGCUGACAGACACACAGAUCAAGAGAAACACGUUUGUUGGCACACCCUUCUGGAUGGCACCCGAAGUAAUAAAACAGUCAGCGUAUGAUUCCAAAGCAGACAUCUGGUCAUUAGGGAUCACAGCCAUCGAGCUGGCCAAAGGCGAGCCACCCCACUCCGAGCUGCACCCCAUGAAGGUUUUAUUCCUCAUCCCAAAGAACAACCCGCCCACGCUGGAGGGCAACUACAGCAAACCCCUCAAAGAGUUUGUGGAAGCCUGCUUGAACAAGGAGCCCAGCUUUCGGCCGACCGCCAAAGAGCUGCUGAAGCACAAGCUGAUUGUACGGCAUGCGAAGAAGACCUCUUACCUGACAGAGCUCAUCGACAGGUACAAGCGGUGGAAGGCAGAGCAGUCUCGGGACGAGUCCAGUUCGGAGGAGUCCGACUCGGAACAAGACGGCCAGGCCUCCGGGGGCAAUGACACUGCAAACGAUGACUGGAUCUUCAACACCAUCCGUGAGAAGGACCCCAAGCGGCUGCAGAAUGGUGCUGCCCAACCUGAGGAGUUGGACAGGAAGCAGGUAGAAGACAUUCCAAAGAGGCCUUUAUCACAGAGCUUGUCUACCAUUAUUUCUCCACUAUUUAAUGAGCUGAAGGAGAAGAAUGAAGCAAGCAGCGGGAAAGCAGAGGCUGUGGAGGAGCUGAAGGAAGCAAUCUUCCUGGCAGAGGAAACCUGCCCCGGCAUCAUGGACAGCAUGGUGACGGAACUCGUGCAGAGACUUCAGAGGUUCUCUGUGGUUGGGGCCUCUUCGUCUUCCUCCUCCCACUGAUGCCCGUGUGCAGGGACUUGGUCACACAUCAACAGGCUGGAUGAAGUCUCCCAGCAACCGCUUAAAGCAAACUACUCAUUCUCCUCUUUCCCUCCUAUGAAGUCCUAGUGCACAUAUUAGAAAGGCACGUAACUAACCGGCAGGCAGACCGACCUGUCGCUCUGCUGUCACCGUGGGGUGAUUGGCCGGGGAAGGGCCAGGGACACCAUCCGCCCUCUGUCACACACUUGUACCCCUAAAGGUGGCUGAAUCUUUACAAUACCUCCAAUUAGUCUACUUCGUUUAUUGGAUUGUUUGCAGUUUCGCCCAAAACGGAUGAAGUGCAUGAAUCCAGUCUUGGCCUGCUCCUCAAGACAAAAUGCCCGAUGACUUGUAGAAGAUGACCGUACCUUUAAAUGGCAUCCCCUGGUGUGCAAGAACGUUUUGGGUGCAGGCGUGUGCGCUGUUGCGGCGCAGGUUUGUGUUCACGUAUUGUAGUCCUACAGUGUGUGUUUGGGACUCCUGCAGAUGGAGAUGGAAGUGUUGUUUUGAAACCUCAGGUAUCCUGCUUUAAGUGGAUGGGUCCUCUGGGAGAUGGAGCACCUUGUGUGAGGUGGGUGUACAAAGUGUGUAUACAGGCGUCAAGGAAUCACUGUGUAGAAAAAGGCCAAGUGCUUCUGUAGAUACUGUUAGUAAAAGUAAAUAUUUUAAAACAGUCACUCAAAUGGCCAUAAUUGAAAAUUGCCUUGCCAUUAUCAUCACAUGUACAUUUUUGGAUAUUUUUAUUUCCUUUUUUAAUUCAACUUUAAUGUCCAGUGGUUUUACCAUUAAAUGAAAAUCAGUGCCCCAUUUCCAGGUUUUUUUUUUUUUUUUUUUUUAAAAGAUACACUAGGUACCUGGAUUGCUUCUAAUUUUAAAUAUGACUGAAAGGUGUGGCAGUCAUUGAACAUGUAUCCCUCCAGGCAGCCCAAACAAAGCCACAGUGGCGGUGGUGUCAUCUGUGAGACACCGUGAGAAAAUUGUCAGAGCACCUCCAGGCACAGUAAUGUCAAUCUGUUCAGCACCACUCAUCCGUUUCAGCAGCAUGACCCACAGUGGGGGUGUUCGACUGGUGCGAACCCACAGCACUUGUGCCAGUGAACACUGUUGGCUCCCAGCUGCGAUCCCCUAGCCUCUCACCAUCACCCCAGCAACUACCACACUGUACCCACACCUGGGCCAAGUCUUCCAGCCAAGUGCAGCCCACCCCUCGGUGGUCCGGGCCACUCGAGUCCCUCCCUAGAAACGGCUCCAAUUGCACUCAGAGAACAGUUGCCUUUUGCUGUGCAGAGUGGCUGUGAGGAAUCUGCCUAACAUUUUAUGAACUUUUUUAAAAAAUUUUUUAUUUUAAAUAGCGACACAAUAUGGGUACCCGAGUGUCCAUGUUCUCCUACUGCUCUCCAUUAGGGCCGCCCAUGUUUGGUGUUGCAGGAUGCUGUGUUGGACAGAGCCGGAUGGCUUUUCUUUCCUGACUGAGACUGAUAAAUACAUCUGUACAGAAGCUGAGGGGGUGCAGGGUGCAGGAGGCCUUGCACGUUCGUGACACAAACAAGUUAGGGGCUUGGUACCCUUUGUGUACCCUACUCCUUCAGUACAUGCUUUGGCAUAGCAAAGGUAGAAACCUGAGUUUUUUUUUUUUUUUUUUUCCCCCCCCUUCUCUUGGUGGCUGAUGGGUACUCAGCUGUGACGUCACUGCACAGGGCUGACUUUUGAAAACUCUGGGGAAGGAUGGCAGUCAACACAGCUAAGUGUAUGUAGCAAUGCUGUCAGUCUGAGGAAAUUUGGCAUGCAAGCAAAAUUUUUAUCUCUCUUCUAGCCUUGGGCUUGGUAAACAAGUUGCAGCUUGGCUUGAAAUUUGAAAAAAGUGGAAUUGCUUUCUGCGAGAAGCUUUCAGCUCUGUUCUUUAGAUGUUGCAAAAGUGUUUACUCAUUAAGUGUAGAAUUUUCCACAAGAAAACGUAACUCUUCCCCCUUCAGGAUCAGGAUGGGAACACAGAUGUUUUUACAUUGAGGUGAGAGAACUUCUGUGAAGAUGGUGUCUACCAUGCUGCUAUGAGUAAAACCUGUUAGGGGUCUUUGCCUUCUUAAAUUUGUCAUGGUGAACAGCACACAAGUGACAGGUGGGCCAAUAUCUUCUCUAUUCCUUUUAACAUAUAAAUGUGUCACCCUUCAUAAGCCACUGCUGUACUGGGCCACAGGCCACCACCCCCCCCCCCCCCCCCCCCCCCCCCCUUUAUUCUGGGCACUUUAUCAGCGCAGUAUGGUCCACUGGGCUCCUGUGUAUUUCCACCCUCUUCUCUGCCACAUGAAAAAGUGCCAUGUCAUUUUCCACCACCCUUCCUCCAACUUUUAUUUUAUAUUGCACCAUGUGGAGGCUGUAUGUUUCAAUUCCAUGUCUGUUGCACUUUGUUUUCAAGUGUUUCUUUAGUAUUUAAAGAUUUUAAAAGAAUGGUACUUGAGGUCAUAAUUUUCAGUUGUCACUUCUUACACAGUUGCUACUGUACCUUUGCAAAGUAUGGCAAUAACCUAGCGAGGUCAUCAGGAUAUUCUUCAGCACAGGUAUAUUAUAUAGAAUGAAUCAAAGAAUCAUAUUUUUGUAACUGUAAAGAGCAAGUACUGUAGUACAGAAAUAAGUUUUAAAAAUCUGAUUAUAAAGACCUCUAUAAUGUUUCUUAAAGAUGGGAUACUUAUCACAGAAAUUGUAAAUUUCAUUUUCUGUAACAUUGCUGACAGUUUAUAGUCCUGUAUAUAA